AUGGAGAACGAGCCUACCAAAGGCGAAUAUGCGACCGCUGAUCGCAUCGGCGCCACCACCGGCGCUGCACCGGCGGAGUGGUCGCGGGGCUUAUGCGCGGCCGCGCUACAUGUCACGGUGCGACUGGCGCGCUGCUCGCGCCGUGGUCACCGACUCGCAGUGGCGUCGCCGUCCUACUGUCUGCCCGACGGCCCGGACGGCGCGCGUUGCACCGCCCCGCUGCACCGCCUGCCCCCCUACCGCCCCCGGCCCCCUCCCGUUCGCCUCCCCGCACCCCCGGCCCCGACGCCCGCCGCCGGCCCGCCACCCGCCCCGCCUCGAAGAAUUUUCCGCAUCGGGCGGGAAAAAUCGAUUGUGCAGCGGGCCCCGAAUAAUUUCGGCAAGACGCACGGCGCCCUUGCCACCGCUAUGACGGAGCCGCGGCGGCCGGGCCGGUCAAGCGCACCGCAGCGCCGCCGCCGCCGCCGGCCCAAU